CCUCCUCUCCUCGGGAGCAUGGGUUCUCCGCCGGGCUCCGGCUCCCGGCGGCCGGGGGUCCCCGCGGCUUGAACCCGCCCGCGGCCGAGCCGGCGAGGAGCCCUCUUCGGAAGCGGAACCCCGCCGCCGCCGCCGGGCUGUGGCGCGAUGGGGCCGGCGAGCCGCUGAACGGACGCCCGGGAAGGGGAGUUCGCAGCCGAGCCCGAGCGGCCGGCGGAGCCCGGCUCGCCCUUUGCCCGCCCGCGAAGUGGCCUGGCUGGGGUCCCCCCCACCCCCUUCGGGCAGCAGCGUUUGGGGGUUUUUCCUCGGCGCCGAGCCGCGGGGCUGGAUCGUGGAGAGCGGCGGGCGGGCGGCCGCCCCGCGGGCUGAGGAGCGGCGGAGCCCGGGUUGACGCUCCGCCUUCGGGGGCCGGAGCCCGCAGCCCCCCGGGGGAAGCAGGGAGCGGGCGCUGCUCCGCGGCCCCCGCCAUGUGCGCCUUUCGGCCGAGGGGAGCCCGGCUCCUGCGCCCGGGGCUGGCGAGCCUGCCCGCCUGCUAGGCGCCCCGAGCUCGCACCGCCCGGGACUUCGCUGCUUCCUUUGUUCCAGUUUUGGCCCCUCCGGGGCGGCUUGGUGGCCGAGCCGCGGCCCGGCCCGGGCUCGCCUGAGAGCAGAGGGCGCUUGGGGCCGGUGGGGGAGUGACUUGGGGGCCGGUGAACUCCUGCGAUGUACCCCCAAGGCAGGCACCCGGCUCCCCACCAGCCUGGGCAGCCGGGCUUCAAAUUCACAGUGGCUGAGUCCUGCGAUAGGAUUAAGGAUGAAUUCCAGUUUUUGCAAGCCCAGUAUCACAGUCUUAAAGUGGAAUAUGAUAAGCUUGCGAACGAAAAGACAGAAAUGCAGCGCCAUUAUGUUAUGUACUACGAAAUGUCAUAUGGUUUGAAUAUUGAAAUGCACAAACAGACCGAGAUUGCUAAAAGAUUGAACACAAUUCUAGCUCAAAUCAUGCCUUUUCUGUCACAAGAGCACCAACAGCAGGUUGCUCAGGCUGUUGACCGUGCCAAGCAAGUGACAAUGACAGAGCUGAAUGCUAUCAUCGGGGUACGUGGACUUCCAAAUCUGCCUCUCACCCAGCAGCAGCUCCAGGCCCAACACCUCUCCCAUGCUGCUCAUGGCCCCCCGGUACAGCUGCCUCCUCACCCUUCAGGUCUUCAGCCACCAGGAAUCCCUCCCGUCACGGGGAGUAGCUCAGGACUGCUGGCUCUCGGCGCCCUGGGGAGCCAAGCCCACUUGACCGUUAAAGAUGAGAAAAACCAUCAUGACCUGGAUCACCGAGAGCGAGACUCAAAUGCAAAUAAUUCUGUCUCACCAUCAGACAGCCUGAGAACUAGUGAGAAACACAGGAGUUCUACGGACUACAGCAUCGACGCCAAAAAGCGGAAAGCAGAGGAGAAGGACAGCAUGAGCCGCUAUGACAGCGAUGGUGACAAGAGCGAUGACCUGGUGGUCGAUGUCUCCAAUGAGGAUCCGGCUACACCCCGCGUCAGCCCAGCCCACUCGCCGCCUGAGAACGGGAUAGACAAAACCCGAGGGCUGAAGAAGGAUGCUCCGAACAGCCCUGCUUCAGUCGCCUCGUCCAGCAGUACGCCUUCCUCGAAGACUAAAGACCUGGGCCACAAUGACAAAUCUUCAACGCCUGGGCUCAAAUCAAACACUCCUACGCCAAGGAAUGAAGCCCCAACUCCCGGGACGAGUACCACUCCAGGCCUUCGGCCUAUGCCGGGCAAACCAGCAGGCAUGGACCCAUUGGCGUCUGCCCUGAGGACCCCCAUAUCCAUCGCUGGCUCCUAUGCGGCUCCCUUCGCCAUGAUGGGACACCAUGAAAUGAACGGCUCUCUGACGAGCCCGGGGGCCUACGCGGGGCUCCACAACAUCCCGCCCCAGAUGAGUGCCGCUGCCGCCGCCGCCUAUGGCCGAUCGCCAAUGGUGAGCUUUGGAGCUGUCGGCUUUGACCCCCAUCCGCCCAUGAGGGGCCCCGGUCUCCCCACAAGUCUUGCGUCCAUACCCGGCGGGAAGCCAGCCUACUCAUUUCAUGUAAGCGCUGAUGGGCAGAUGCAGCCGGUCCCAUUCCCCCACGACGCCCUUGCUGGCCCCGGCAUCCCAAGGCACGCUCGGCAGAUCAAUACGUUGAGUCACGGGGAGGUGGUAUGUGCUGUGACUAUUAGCAACCCAACCAGACACGUGUACACCGGAGGAAAGGGAUGUGUGAAGAUCUGGGAUAUCAGCCAGCCAGGCAGUAAGAGUCCCAUUUCGCAGCUGGAUUGCUUGAACAGAGACAACUACAUCCGUUCCUGCAAACUCCUCCCUGACGGCCGCACGCUUAUUGUGGGAGGGGAAGCGAGCACGCUUACGAUCUGGGACCUGGCUUCCCCGACGCCAAGGAUCAAGGCUGAAUUGACCUCCUCUGCCCCAGCAUGCUAUGCUCUGGCAAUCAGCCCUGAUGCAAAAGUCUGCUUCUCCUGCUGCAGUGACGGCAAUAUUGCUGUGUGGGAUCUCCACAACCAGACACUGGUUAGGCAAUUCCAAGGCCACACAGAUGGCGCAAGUUGCAUAGAUAUCUCGCAUGAUGGUACAAAAUUAUGGACAGGUGGUCUGGACAACACAGUGCGUUCCUGGGACCUUAGGGAAGGAAGACAGCUCCAGCAGCAUGACUUCACUUCCCAGAUCUUCUCGCUGGGUUACUGCCCCACUGGGGAGUGGCUUGCAGUGGGCAUGGAGAGCAGCAAUGUUGAGGUGUUGCACCACACCAAGCCGGAUAAAUACCAGCUUCACCUGCACGAGAGCUGUGUCCUUUCACUCAAAUUUGCCUACUGUGGUAAAUGGUUUGUGAGUACAGGAAAGGAUAAUCUUCUCAACGCCUGGAGAACGCCAUAUGGAGCAAGCAUAUUCCAGUCAAAAGAAUCCUCCUCUGUCUUAAGUUGUGACAUUUCAGCAGAUGACAAAUACAUUGUAACAGGCUCUGGUGACAAGAAGGCCACAGUCUAUGAGGUCAUCUAUUAAACAAGGAUUUUAACAGGGCUGUCAACUCUGAAUAUUAGGCUUGAGUCUGACAAGACCAUGGCAAAGUCCUUUCAUUUUCCUACAUCCUUCAGAAGAGCAGCCAUGCAUUGAGAGAGUGUUUCCUGCCAGGCUGUGUAAUGUGGAUCUUCAUGGACUCAGAGUAAUGUGCAUGGACUGAUGUAUUUCAGCAAUUUUUAUUUUAAGCCGUGGCGUAUAUGGAUUUAUUUGGCGGUCUGCGAAUAUGGCGCACAUUGAAACCCUAAACAAGUUCCAUUUUGCUUUUAGGGUUUUCGUUCUUUUGUCUGCGCUUUGGUGGCACUAUAAAGGACUUAUUUUUUAUUGUGACUUUUUUUUUUGCGCUCUAUAUAAGACUUGUGAAAAAUGUAAAUAAUGGACUAGUAAAUAGAAUUGAAAGGGUGAGGUUAAUCCUCCUGGUACACUAGUUGUGUAUUUUUUUUAUUUUUUUUUUAUUUUUUUGUCUGCUGUAAUUGUAUUCCACUGAUGGGUUUGGUGGUGGCAAUUUCCCCCUUACCCCCCUCCCCCCCAAAGUAUCCAUUUGAGAUGCUACUUUGACCUGCAGCUUGUAACCAGAUUGAGCAGAGAUGUCCACUGGUGAAAGUUGUUCCUACUGUCAUACAUGUGAAUUGUUCAUUGUAUUAGUCAAAUGUUUGAACACUGUAUGGACUGAAGUUCAAUUGGUCAGAUCUUCAGCUACAUCAGCAAAACAAUCAAAUUUUUAUAUGGAUUUUUGUGCUCAUAUGUUUGAAGAAGACAGGAAGUCCAUGUUCUAAGAAACUUCUGCUCAAGCCCUUCUUGAUCUUCGGACAUAAAUGAUGAGGAAUAAUUUCAAAGAAAGCGUAGUAAAAUUCAGCUCAGGGAGCCACAAAAGAUAAUAGCAACUUAUGUGUUUUGUAUUCAAAUGAAAGUAAAGAAUUAGAAUUGAUAACCUUUAAAAUACAGUUCUUUUUUUAAAACAAAGUUUACUAACAAGUAGGGUUUGUGCGAGGUGGGGGCGAGGCGCUGUCUCUGGUAGGGGUCCAUGGCUUUAUGGUCUUGUCACUUUUGGUAUAUUGGUUCCAACAGAGCAAAACCCAUCCCCACACAGGCCAGUGUGUCAACAUUUUGUAUUAAAAGGUUAAAUAAAUAAAUGGGAAAUAAAAGUAUUUGUGUAGCAGAAGUGCUCACCCUGUAUUGUAGCAUAUGGAAGAGAAUUUUUAUACUACAUUUUUAUGGAUUAUUUUUUAAUUUUUGAUUUUAAUCUGGUCAAAAAUAAUUAGGGUUAUGGUGAAAACUACCUUUUUGAAAGCGAUAGUACAAAAGAAGAAAUGGACAAUGAAGUUGGAGAUGUUCAAGAACAGAAUGUUAAAGAACGUACAUUCAGCAUCAUGUCUGAAUUGCAAGUAAUCAGCAGUACCCUCCAGCAGUAGCUAUUGGUUUGGGGUGGGGGAGAACAUAGAUUUGGGGAUGAAAGUAAACUUCAUAGGAAUUUUUUCCCCAAAGUCUCACAUUUUAAGGUUGGACUUUUUCCCCCCAGAACAAAAACAAGGGAAAUUUCAAAGGCAAAAAGUAUGCACCCCAUAAGUCUUAUUAGAGGUGAUGUACCUCUGAUUCCAAGAAACUUGCCUGUCAUGCAAAAAGUGUGAAUUUUGAUUUAUGCACUGUCACAAAAAGCUCUUAAGUAAAAAAGCAUCUUUUAAAAAAGAGUGGUUUUUUGAAGUGCAGUUAUGUUUAGAAAAAUGACUGUGUAAAGAUGGCACCAUGUUCAGUGGAUCCACUUUCUAUGCAUAUGCGAGUCAGAUCUGCUUAUUUUUAAUGACUACACAUUUUUACUCUUUUCUGUUCACUGUAUUGUUCCGCAGUGUGAUAGCAGAAGGAGGCGGAUUCUUUUAUGGCCUGCUCAUCAUCCGCGGAAUGAUUUUAGUAAGUUCCAGUUGCAGGAUCAUUAUUACUGGUGAUAAUGUGAGAGUGCUAAUGAACCCAGCUUGACUCUCAGACCCCCAUGUGAAUUAAUUCAUUCAGAAUCAAUGAACACAGAGCCAGAGAGUACCAUGUUUAGAAUCACUUCUCAGUGUACAAGCCACACUUUACAACUAACUUGGAAGGAGUUGGAAAGGCUUAGAGGGUUUUGACUUCGAGUGAAAAUUCCCACUUUAACACCACAAGUUAAUGUCCCAAAAUGGUGAUUUGCAAGUUGGUGCUUUUUAAAUAAUAAAAAAAAAAGAUAAGCUGGGUGUAGCUAAGUAGGUGGAGGGUUACUAAGUCAUACUGUCUCAACUUUACACCAAAGUAUGUAGCAGAAUAUGUACAGCUGUUAAUAACUACAACUGUUUUUGUAAAAAAAAAAAAAAAAAAAAGUAAAGAAAGAAUAAAAACUAGAUGUAAUGAAGCUCAAAUGAAAAUCAAGCGUCUAUAAACCAUUUGCUCUCUGAAAACCUGCACUGAGUUGUUAAUAAAAACAAACAAACAAAA